GUAUGGAUCACCCUAUCCUGCCAGGUGUACUUGCCUCGGCCUCAAAUCUUUUCCAUGACAUUCGAAGCCACAAAGUAGAUUUUCCCCAUCUCUCUUCCCUCCCUUCUUCACUCCAGUCACUCCCUCUUCGUCUUCAUGGCCGUGGCCGAGAUCUCUCCUUGCUCUUACUCAAGAUAUCAAACCCUACCCGCCAAUCUCUCCUCCACUCCAUUGAAUGCCUUCCACAUCCCCUCCUUCAAGAGGUGCCGAUCUCCACUCCAAGUCCGCCGGCCGCUGAGCAUCUCCUGCUCCGUUGCGCCGAGCCAAGUUCAGUCACCGGCGACCGCGGUUCCUGUCCUUCCGGCCGAUGCGGCAAACAAACAGGAGUGUUAUGGCGUCUUUUGCACAACAUACGAUCUCCAGGCGGAAGAGAAGACGAAGACUUGGAAAAGUUUAAUUAGCGUUGUGGUUUCUGGCGCAGCUGGGAUGAUAUCCAACCACCUACUCUUCAAACUAGCAUCAGGGGAAGUAUUUGGGUCAGAUCAGCCAAUUGCUCUAAGAUUAUUGGGUUCUGAGAGAUCAUAUCAAGCUCUUGAAGGAGUUGCUAUGGAGCUGGAAGACUCCUUAUAUCCUUUGUUGAGAGAAGUUAGCAUAGGUGUAAAUCCUUAUGAUCUUUUCCAGGGCGCAGAAUGGGCACUUCUGAUUGGAGCCAAGCCUAGAGGUCCUGGAAUGGAACGUGCCGGCCUAUUAGAUAUUAAUGGGCAAAUAUUUGCAGAGCAGGGAAAAGCUCUCAAUGCUGUGGCAUCCCGCACUGUAAAAGUCAUUGUAGUAGGCAACCCAUGCAAUACAAAUGCACUUAUUUGUUUAAAAAAUGCACCAAAUAUACCGGCAAAGAAUUUCCAUGCUUUGACACGGUUGGAUGAAAACAGAGCAAAAUGCCAGCUGGCCCUGAAAGCAGGUGUAUUUUAUGACAAAGUCUCAAAUGUCACCAUCUGGGGAAAUCAUUCAACCACCCAGGUGCCUGAUUUUCUUAAUGCAAAAAUUAAUGGCAUACCAGUGAAGAAAGUUAUCACUGACACCAAGUGGUUAGAACAGGAGUUUACUGAAAGUGUUCAAAAGCGUGGAGGUGUGCUUAUCCAAAAAUGGGGCAGGUCUUCUGCUGCAUCAACUUCUGUCUCAAUUGUUGAUGCCAUAAGGUCCCUUAUUACCCCAACUCCAGAAGGCGAUUGGUUUUCAUCCGGGGUUUACACCAAUGGAAAUCCUUAUGGUAUUGCAGAGGAUAUUGUCUUCAGUAUGCCAUGCAGAUCAAAGGGAGAUGGCGACUAUGAACUAGUUAAGGAUGUAGUAAUUGAUGAUUUCCUUCGUGAACGUAUAAAAAAGACAGAAGCAGAGUUGCUUGCUGAGAAAAGAUGUGUUGCUCAUCUUACAGGGGAGGGCAAUGCAUUCUGUGAUCUUCCUGAGGACACCAUGCUUCCUGGAGAGAUGUAGGACUUCAAUGCCGCGGUUUCUUCAUUUGGUUUUAUAUCAGGAGAAUCAUUUUCCAAGUAACGAGUUUGGAGUAACAGAGAUGCCUUCGAUCAAAAUAGUAAGUGUGCUAUACUAUGUUUAUGUACAAGAUAAAGAAGCAUAAUGGCUUCUUGGUGAAAGUGUUGGCAUGCAUUCAAAUUUUGUAUCAUGUUACAUGUGCGAGUCCUACGUCUUAUGUCUUAUUUAUUCACUGCUUCAAUGGUAUAUAUGUAAUUCAUUUAAAAAUAGUUACAAUAAUGUUUACAGAAAAACUUGGAAAA